UUAGCACUCCCUGCCCACCACUGCCUUGAAGAAGUCUGGAAGGUGCUCCCACAGGCACACCGGGAGGGCUCUCCUGUUCUCUUUACAAAUGCAUUAGGUCACAGGUAAAAUGGCAGGCGCUGGGCAGCGCAGAGGGAAGAAGGAUGACAACGGGAUCGGCACAGCCAUCGACUUCGUGCUGUCCAACGCACGGCUGGUGCUGGGUGUGGGGGGAGCAGCCAUGCUGGGCAUUGCCACGCUGGCUGUCAAACGGAUGUACGACCGGGCGAUCAGUGCUCCCAGCAGCCCCACUCGCCUGAGCCAGUCAGGGAAGAGAAGCUGGGAAGAGCCGAACUGGCUGGGCUCCUCCUCACGCUUACUGACGCAGGACAUGAAGACUAACCUCAGCCGCUCCCUGCAGACCCUUCCCACUGAUUCUUCAGCCGCAGAGGCAGACUUUUUUCGACCCACAAAGCCCAAGCCAUCUGCCAAGAAGAGUCAAAUGGAGCUGAAAAAAUCCCGCCUUCGCCUGUCUCUGCAAGAGAAGCUCUUCGCUUACUACCGGAGGAAGGUGGCUAUCCCAGCGGAGGAGCAGGCUCGGGCCAAGCAGGCAGCCGUGGAUAUCUGUGCCGAGCUGCGGAGCUUCCUGCGUGCCAAGCUGCCCGACAUGCCCCUGCGUGACAUGUACCUCAGUGGCAGCCUGUAUGAUGACCUGCAGGUAGUGACAGCUGACCACAUCCAGCUUAUUGUGCCUCUGAUGCUGGAGCACAACCUGUGGUCCUGUAUCCCCGGGGAGGACACUAUCAUGAACAUUCCUGGCUUCUACUUGGUGCGUCGAGAAAACCCAGAGUACUUUCCCCGUGGAAGCAGCUACUGGGACCGCUGUGUGGUGGGAGGUUACCUUUCCCCCAAAACUGUAGCAGAGACUUUUGAGAAAGUUGUGGCUGGCUCCAUCAACUGGCCAGCAAUUGGGAGUCUCUUGGACUAUGUGAUCCGUCCAGCAGCUCCCCCAGCAGAUUUGACACUGGAAGUCCAGUAUGAUCGAGAUCGUCAUCUUUUUAUUGACUUCCUACCAUCCCUGACCCUGGGUGACAUCGUCCUCGUGGCCAAACCUCAUCGAUUGGCCCAGAAUGACAAUUUGUGGCGACUGAGCCUGCGGCCAGCAGAAACAGCUCGGCUCCGGGCCCUGGACCAGUGUGAUUCUGGCUGCCGUUGCUUGUGCCUGAAGAUCUUCAAAGCAGUAUGCAAGUUAAACCCAGCUCUGGGUCACCUCACUGCCAGCCAGCUCACCAAUGUCAUCCUGCACCUGUCCCAGGAAGAGUCUGACUGGUCCCAGGACAUGCUGGCUGAUCGCUUCUUGCAGGCAGUGAAGGGGCUGAUCCGCUACUUGGAGGCAGGUGUCCUCCCGAGUGCUCUGAACCCCAAGGUGAACUUGUUUUCAGAGCUCACCCCAGAAGAAGUGGAUGAGUUGGGCUACACCCUCUACAGCUCUCUGUCAGAGCCAGAAGUCCUGCUGCAGACGUAAUGGGGCCUUACCUAGGGAAGUGUUGAUAGGGUUUAGCCAAUGCAGACUUUGAUUACUGCAAAUUGUCUCUUCCACUACUCCCUCUCUCUCCACCACUCCCCCUUUUUGGUUCAUUAGUAA